AAGAAUUUUUGGUAUAAAUAACAAUAUGAAAAACAUAAAACGAUAUCACAUUUUGUUUAACUUGCAAACAAUAAACAUCUUAUCAAAAUGAAAUUCGUCAUUGUUGCUUUGGCUUUGGUAGCCUGUGUUAUGGCUGAUGUUUCGGAGUUGGGUUAUGAUUAUCAUGCUCCUGCCCCAGCACCAGUACCAGAAUACCACCCUGCCCCAGCUCCACAAAACACUUACAUUCCCCCUGCUGCCCCAGCUCCAGUACCAGAAUACCACCCAGCUCCUGCCCCUGCUCCAGUACCAGAAUACCAUCCUGCCCCAGCUCCCCAAAACACCUACAUUCCCCCUGCUGCCCCUGCUCCAGUACCAGAAUAUCAUCCAGCCCCAGCUCCCGCUCCAGUUCCCGAAUACCACCCUGCCCCAGCUCCCCAAAACACUUACAUUCCCCCUGCUGCCCCUGCCCCUGUACCAGAAUACCACCCUGCCCCAGCUCCUGCUCCAGUUGUUCCCCAAAACACUUACAUUCCUCCCUCUGCUCCAUCUGCUGAACUCGCUGAUGAUGGUUACCGUUACAAGACUGUCCGCCGUGUCGUCUACCGUCACCGUUUCUAAACUGUUGUUUAAAACAGAUCUGUUAAAUGUUAUUUGUUAUUAAUUUUUUUAAUUAAUGAACAAAAUCCGAAAAACAAAAUAAAAUAAACAUAAUUACUUAGUAUUUAAU